GGGGGAAGGAAAAUUGCCUCCAGGAGCCAGAGCUUACACCACAGCCCAGCGCAGCACACAGAGAGAAGCAGGCGGAUCUCAAGGCAUGAGCAGCGUAAAAGUGGCACCCUGGGAUCUGGUGGAUCCUUGCAUGUAAUAUGACUGAUCGGAAGCCUUUCAUCUGCCUUCACAGAGCCGAGCUUUUGGAUUUAAGGUAGUUUGCCCAGGACCAGACUUUGCUAUGUUGGCCAAGACGGUGCUUUCUCUUGGUCUGUGGCUGCAGUUUGCUGCGGGACAGAACGCACCUGAGAGAGGUCCCCAGCCAUCUGUUUCCAACUCAAAGGGGGACCUCCUCUUCUUGCUGGACAGCUCUGGCAGCGUCUCCUACUAUGAGUUCUCCAGGGUCAAGGAAUUCAUGUGGGACCUUGUACAACCUUUCACCUUCGGCCCCAAAGAUGUCCAGACCAGCAUCAUCCACAUCAGCACCACGCCCACCAUGGAGUUCCCGUUUGACCGGUACCUGUCCAGUGGGACUUUGCAACAAGCCAUCCGGAACACUCAGCAGCUCAUGGGUGACACGAACACAGGCAAAGCACUCUCCUACGCCAAGGAGAAGCUCUUCAGUGAUGAAGCUGGUGCCCGGCCAGAUGUGCCCAAGGUACUGGUUUGGGUGACGGAUGGUUUCUCCACUGAUGACAUCUCUGAACCCAUGCAGCUCCUGAAGGACAUGGGAGUAACAGUCUUCAUAGUCAGCACUGGACGGGGGAAUUACCUGGAACUCUCUGCUGCUGCCAGCCAGCCUCCUGAGAAGCACCUGCACUUUGUGGAUGUUGACGACCUACCCAUCAUCACAACGGAACUUCGAGAUGCUAUCCUAGAUGUUAUCCAAGCAGAUCGGCUCCAUGCAGUAGACAUCACCUCAAGCAGCUUCCGUCUGACGUGGCCCAAACUCCUCUCCCAAGAAACUGGCUACUACACCCUCGAGUAUGCCCCGAUAGAUGAUCUAGCAAGGAAGAGGACAAAGCAAGUGUCUGGGGCUCACACUAGCCUCCUGCUAAGCAACCUUGCACCAGAAACUACUUACGAGGUGGCACUCGUUCCUGAAUCCAACGUCCACUACUUCCCUCCCCAGACAACAAGGGUUACCACACUGGCAGAGGAAAUAAGCCCAGCUCAGGUUCUCAUCUCAGAGUCUGCACCACACAGCUUCCAGGUUAGUUGGGCUCCAACACUGGACAGUGUGAUCAGCUACCAGAUCCUGUAUGGACCGCUCCCCGGGAACUCCGUCAAGCUGCUGGAGGUGGAUAGCAAGAGCAAUAGCACUGUGGUGGAGAAUCUGGCACCCAAUACGACCUACCUAGUGACAGUGACUGCAGUCUACAAGUCAGGAAAGGAGAAAUCCCUGUCAGCUAAAGCAUGCACUCAGGAAGAGGGCUCCAAAGUGAGGCACCUUCGCUUUGAAGACAUGGGUCCGAACACCCUGAAAGCCUCCUGGGACUCUGCCGAUGGCAAAGUCCUCGGGUACAGAGUCAGAUGCCGGCGGCAAAGCGGCCCUUCGUCUGUCCUCAGCGUUUCGCCGCAGAUCCACAGCGUGCUGCUCACAGACCUGGCUUCAGGCACCACCAACAAAGUAUGUGUGAAGCCCGUGUACAAGAACCAGGCGGGCAAAGGGCUGUGCCGCAUGGUGCACAUGCAGCCAGCUACAGAGGCCCAAGGAUAUAAGCACAGGCAGAGAGCGUGACAGACUCUGGAGGGAACUGAUUCCCGGAAGAGCAAGGAAUCUUGCUUGGACAAAGACUUGGCCAAAAAAAGGAGAGGUCAGGGGAGGAAACCGGCAAGUUCACAGAUCAUCUCCCAGCCUGCACUGUCCGUUGAGGUGUCCUGGUUGUCAAGCCUAAAGGCUGUCCUCAGCCAAGUUCUCCCAAAGCUUAAAGGUUUGGCUUGGCUGGAACAACCAACUCGACUAAUAGCUCCCAAGUCUGUACCCUCUUUUAUAUAAAUAUGCCUGACAAAUAACAAACGAAAGGCAAAGUGAUGAAUCCUCACUCUUGCUUGCUUACCGCCUGUUCUCUAUUUAUUAAAUGUUGAUACAGUUUUAUUUUUUCAGCUUAUGAGCUUGUUCAAGACUCGGCUGUUUACUGCCCCUGGCCUUUCAUUCUGGGCACCUGCACUCAGAGAAAGAUUACACGUGGCUAAAUCCAUUCCUGCUGUCAGCAGCCACUUGACAAAGAGCAGCUUUCCUCCAACUCAUCCAGUGUACUCAACAGGUAGCUCAAAUCAGGCAUCCCAAAAGUAGAGCAUCUCAGGGAUGGAAGGGAAAAGCAUUAAGAGAAAGAAGAAUAACGUAACACAGAAAUGUACAGUAGGCAGAGGAGAUCGGGUCAAAGCCACCAGGAUUUCUGAGAAGAGGAAGAAAAAGAGGUUGUUAAUCCCCUUGGCCUUUGACCAGGACAUGGAGACACUUCAUUAAAAGACGUCCUGCCUUUUAUAAAGUGCAGCGACAAUUUAGUGUUCCCAGAUGGUCUCUGGUUUAUGGCAGAGCUUGGUCAGUGAGCUCCGAGAAAUGGAACGAUAGGGCCAGGGCUGAUGGGCACUGACAGAGUGCUCUAGCAGGAAAGUUUUCUUUCUCCCUGUCUGCCUGCUGAAUUCUUGAGUCUCAUCAACAAUGUUCCGCUCUCCCUCUGGCACUGGUAUUCAAUUCAUCUGCUCCAGUGACAUGCAGACCCCAGAUGGACUUUGAAGGGCUCAGUUGCCCCCAGGUCAUUUGCCUUGGUAUUUGGUAUCAGUCCGAGAGAGCGGGAAACUCAAAAACUUGGCAAUUUGCUUCCCCAGCAGGUUACUCUGAGCUCCCAGCCCUCAGCUGAGCUCAAGGAGCAGCAGUGAGUCAAGAAAAGCCAGACAGCAAGACCACCUAAACCAGUUAUUUUUCUUCUUCAAAUACACACCUCCAAACCCCAGCGCAGCGCUGCCUGGAUCUCGGCCACCGAAUCACUGUGGCACCCCCACAGUUUCACCAAACUGGAUGCAAGCCCUGCUAUCAGAGCUGCUAUACGGAGAUUAAUUAACCUGUUCUGUGACUAAUUAUGGACAGUAAGUCUUCAGCACUAGCAUUCCAGGUUCUAUCCUCCGGAGACAUAUAGCAAGGACAUCUUUAAUGUCUUGUCCUGUUGUCCUGGGCUUCCACCCAGCCCUAAGCUUGAGCUACACUUAAAAAUCAAGUUUUUAGGGGAGAAGAUUAAAUCUGAUUCCUUCCCUUUGGCCCUAGGCUUGAAUUUACUGUCACUAAGCUACUCUUUGGUAAGGGGAGCUGGGGGAAAAAAAAAAAAAAAAAGGCCAAUUUUAAUACCUAGUGACAAAGCCGUUGGAGAAGCAUAGUUCCAAAAUUCAGGGCUUAGGGCUGUAAAGAAAUGUAUAUACUUCCUUGGUAACAAAACCCAGCAUCAGUGGGAACACCUUCCCUCAGUAAUGCUUGUUCUAUUUUAAAUUUAUUGCUUACUUGUCCUACACGUGGAACUUUUUUUUAAAGCUGUGCUGUAUGUUGGAGAGCCCCUGUGCAGUGUCGCUCAUCCCACAAACCCUCCGUUAGCUCUGCUUACGGACUCCUUAAAAGAGCUCCUUUCAGAGCCAGGAGGAUACCUUGUCACCGAGCUCGUCUCCUGAGUGCUGAAUUUGUCAUGUUCAGGUUAAUGGUGCAUUUGCCUUGGGCUGUCUUUCCGUACAGGAGGGAGGUGAGUCAUUCAUUAACUCGAUAAGAUGAUUUCACAUGAUUUGUGUUCUCCUUUGGAAUGUGCCUUUGUGACUGAUUAAACUUAAUGGAGACUCUGUGCUGAAGGGAAGAUAAAGCCUCUGGAAUCUCUCAUGCAAUAAGAUAAUCUUGUUAAUUCUCGCUGUAGAACAGAAAUUAAUUUUGCACAACUUCCUGCAUAGUUUACUAAUACAUUAACGUGUCAUUCCCCCCCUCCCCUCCCAGUUGUAACGUAUCCUUUAAAAGACAAUUAAACGUACAAUACAAGA